CUGUCGGGCAUGGCGCACAGUCGGUAGAAAUCCUUCGCAUGCUCGGCCCUUCAGCCCUCCCGGCGCGCCGCCGGCCCACGCUCGCCAUCCUGCUGGGCUUCGCGGCGCUCACGGCGAACAGUUUCCGCCACGUCGCCCCGCGCGCCGUCCAUCGGCGACCGGCGCGCCGGCGAUACGCCCCGCGCGGCGAAAAAUCCACGCGCCUCCGCGCCUACGUCAACGAGAUCGUCGCCCCCGACAUCAAGGAUUUACUCUCGAGACCGCUGCUCACGAAGGACGAGGAGGUGCGCUUCGGCACGCGGGUCCGGACGCUCGUCGCCAUCGAAAGCGCGCGGGACGCGUGGGCGGACGCGUACGACCGGCCGCCCACCGACGCGGAGCUCGCGCCGACGGUCGGCUGCGCGGACCCGGCGGCGCUCGCGGCGACGCUCGCGGAGUGCCGCGAGGCGCGCGAGGUCAUGAUGCUCUCGAACAUGCGGCUCGUGGUGGCGAUGGCGCGGCGGAUGCAGCGGUCGUUACCGCAGGCGUCGCGCCUCGCCGUGGACCGCGACGGCGGGUCCUACGCGCUCGACGACCUCGUCGCCGAGGGCACGCUCGGCCUGGCCAAGGCCGUGGACCGCUUCGAGCCCGACCGGGGAUUCCGCUUUUCGACGUACGCGACGUGGUGGGUGCGCCAGGCCAUCCAGCGCGCGAUCCGGCGGCGCGCCGUCGUCGCCGUGCCCGUCCACGUGCAGCAGCUCGCGAAGAAGUGCGAGAACGCGACGCAGGAGCUGCGGGACGAGUACGGGCGGCCGCCGACGUCCGCGGAGCUCGCCGCGCGCGUCGGCGCGUCGGAGAAGCGCCUGAAGCUCGCGGGCCGCGCGGCUUUGGCGACCUUCUCGUUGGACGUGCCCCUCAGUGCGGCGCGGGGAGGCAAGGGGUCCCACGUCGCGGAUUUCGCGGAGGCGGCGACGCUCAACGAGAUCGUCGAGAGCGACGAGCCCGCGCCGGAGGAGGCGGCGACGUUCCACGAGCUCCGCGACGCCAUCGACUACGCCAUGCACGCGAACCUCCAGCCCUCGGAGCGCGACGUGCUCCGCCUGCGCCUCGGCCUCGACGACGGCGAGACGCGGACGCGGCGCCAGGUCGGCGAGAUCUGCGGCCAGACGGAGAAGAAGAUCCGCGCCAUCGAGCGCGCGGCGCUCACGAAGCUCCGGCACACGCGCGACUGCGUCCAGCUGCGCGAGUACGUCCAGUAGAGCGGCCCCGUCGCUCGCUCUCUUCGCUCCCGCCGUUUCUCGCGUGUACAUAAGGUUCGCUCUAACAUACGAGCCGCGGCGCGGACGCUCAGGGCAUACAUAAGUGUCGCUCU